AUGGAAACGACAACAGAUGAAGGACAUAAAAUUUGGUUUAAUGGAGAUGAGACCAAACACCAACACGGCGUAGGAUUUAUAGUCAACAAGGAAAGAGUAAACUCAGUUAUUAGCUGCACACCUAUCAACAGCAGAAUCAUUACAAUCCGUCUAAGUGCCCGCCCAGUGAACAUCUCAAUUAUACACGUGUACGCUCCUACUCAAGACUAUGAUGAUGACAGAAUAGAAGAAUUUUACGAAGAACUGGAGGACAUCAUAAGGAAAACACCUAGGAAAGAUCUAAUUGUCCAAGGUGACUGGAAUGCCAAAGUAGGCCCGGAUGCAUAUCAGAUCUGGGCUGGUACAGUAGGAAGAUUUGGCCUAGGAAUCACUAAUGAUAGAGGGCAACGGCUUUUAGAAUUUGCAUGCAACCACAAUUUGACAUUGGCUAUUACUCUUUACCCGCACAAGACGUCCCGUAGAGAAACCUGGCAUGCAGCAGACGGUGAUGCAGAAAAUUAUGAGAGGGACGCAAUAGUUGAAACUUUUUUCAGUGUCAAGGAGUCUCUUGAUAUGGUCUACUUCAAGUGCGGGUUCCUUUAUUAUCUCAUUGAACCAUUGGCUGAUUUGAUCAGUGUCAGGAUCUUCGUCGUUGAAUAA